GAGAGGGAGGGAGUGUGUCUCAGAUUCCCACAGAAACACGCUGGAGAGAGACGCGCUCCUCGGGAAUAUGGCACUGGGACGAUGGGAACGGGUUCCAGCUCCUCCGUCAUGAUCUAGAUCGGGAUUGUUCCCGCAGCGCGAUGGAAAAGACGCUGGCGGCUCGGACGGGCUCGGGCUCGGCCUCGCUCGGGUUCGGCAGGACAGAGGGAGUGCUGAGCAAAUACACCAACCUCAUCCAGGGCUGGCAGAACAGGUAUUUCGUGUUGGACCCUGAUGUGGGUCAGCUGCAGUACUUCGUGCACGAGCAGGGGCGGAGCCUGAAGCCCCGGGGUUCCCUGCCUCUGAUUGGUGCUUCCGUGACGACGAGCGACGAGGCGCCUCACAUGUUCGUCGUCAGCUCGGCCAAUGGGGAGCUCUUCAAACUCAGAGCGGGGGACGCCUCAGAACAGAAGAUGUGGAUGAUGCAGAUCCUGGCCUGUACCCGACGCCACUCUGACAGCAGCGCCAAGACAAGGAAACUGAAAGACUGUGACGAGAAUCUGUGUGUCGACAGAACGCAGAACACACUGGACUCACAGGGUUCGCCGGGUUCCUCGAGUCGCACGCGCAGCUUCUCUCUUCUUCCUCCCUCUUCCUCUCCUGCGUCUCAGAGGAGUCUUCCUCAUCUCGGGCCCCAGAGCAACAUCGUCACCGUCACACACCACAAGUCUCCAGCGGCCGCACGCCGAGCCAAACACCAGUAUCCAGAGCGUCUACUGGAGGUCAAAGAGGUCAUGUCGCAGGCCGAGGGUCAGCACAAGAGUCUGGUCCAGUCCAUCGAGGCUCUUCCGGCGGGAGGAUCCCUGUCCUGUCUGGAUCAGGACCUGCUGCUUCUGAAGGCCACGUCUGCCGCCACACUGAGCUGUCUGGGAGAAUGCCUGACUAUAUUACACUCGCGCAGCGCUCAGCCGGGUCACAACCGCGAUAAUGCUCCUGUAUGGACCGUCCCGAAGUCUCCCUCAGAGGAAGGUCUGGGGAACGGUGGAGCUGCGACCCUGAGCUCCACAGAGCCCUCGCCCUCCCUCAGGAAGAAAAACCUGCUCCACAACACUGAGCAGGAGGGGGUGAAGCUGGUUUCUCCUGAUGAAGAGGUGAUGGAUUCAGACAGUAACUCUGAGGAAGAUCUGGGUGUGCUGGAGGACCAGAGGAGUGUUAUUCUGCAACUGCUGUCUCAGCUCAAACUCGGCAUGGACCUCACACGGGUUGUUCUUCCUACAUUCAUCCUGGAGAAGCGUUCAUUGCUGGAGAUGUACGCUAACUUCAUGGCGCACCCGGACCUGUUCCUGUCCAUCUCUGCGGGAAACACGGCGGAGGAGCGUAUGGUGCGUUUUGUCGAGUACUACAUGACCGCCUUCCAUGAAGGACGCAAGGGCGCCGUCGCCAAGAAGCCCUACAACCCUGUGCGGGGCGAGACCUUCUGCUGCUCGUGGGCGGUUCCUCGGGAACGUGUGACUCAUGCGACCAAUCAGGAGGCGGCGGGGGCGGAGUCAGAAUAUUUCAGGGUGCGUUUUGUGGCGGAGCAGGUUUCCCAUCAUCCUCCGGUGUCUGGGUUUUACUGUGAGUGCGAGGAGAGAGGCAUGUGUGUCAACGCACACAUCUGGACCAAGAGCAAGUUCAUGGGAAUGUCAGUCGGCGUCUCCAUGGUGGGAGAAGGUGUGCUACACCUGCGGGAUCACGGUGAGGAGUACGUGUUCACAUUCCCGAGUGCGUUCGCUCGGUCCAUCAUCACUGUGCCGUGGGUGGAGUUGGGGGGGAAGGUCUCCAUCAGCUGCGCACAGACGGGAUACUCGGCCAGCGUCACGUUUCACACCAAACCCUUCUACGGGGGAAAGGUUCACAGGGUAAGUGCAGAGGUGAAGCAGAACUCCAGCGGGACGGUUGUUUGUAAAGCUCAGGGCGAGUGGAACGGGACGCUCGAGUUCACAUACAGCAGCGGAGAGACCAAAGUGAUCGACACCAACACACUGCCCGUCAUCAGGAAGAUGAUCCGCCCGGUGGAGAAACAGGGCCGGCGCGAGUCCAGGCGUCUCUGGUCUCACGUGACCGCGGCUCUGAAGGAUGGAAACAUUGAUCUGGCCACUGAACACAAGCAUCGGUUGGAGGAAUCCCAGCGGUCCGACGAGAGACAGAGAGACACCAACAACAUGCCCUGGAAACCCAAAUACUUCAGCAAAGAGGGGGACGGAUGGGUCUACAGAAACCCACUAUGGAAAUCAGACUGAGAUAAACUACAAUCCACAGGAGAGAGACGCUGAUCAGAACAACACAGGGAAUCA